AUGACAUGUCGCGGGGUGUGGAAUCUCCGUGUGAAAGGGAAAUGGUAUCGGUACGGUGAUUCGGCUUGGUUAAUUACUCCUCCUGGGCAUAUAUCCACGCUGCGAAAGCUCAACCAGUUGCUUGGCAACCCGGACAACAUCAAAGGCUGGAAGAAGGUCACAUCACCUACCCUUGAUCUUUCCGACAUGGACUUCAUCUACACUCUUGAUACGGAAACUGGAACUUUCAAAAUCUCCCAAGGGAAGCGCUUUACCAGACCCCUAUUUCCUGUACCGACGGACACAUAUCUCAAGCCCGCUACCCUUCGGGAGGGCCAUGAUAUUGGUAUCCGUUUCACUGAUUUGGGGUAUUCUCACCUUGUCCCACAUAAGUAUACCAGAGUCGACGAGCUCGACCUGCAACGACUCAAUCUAAAAAGAUUACAGUUGGAAUUUGGUAUUCCGACUGCCAUGAAUGAGCUACAGGAGCGGAUCUUUACGGACUUUUUCUUCAGAUGGAAUCGGUACCUUGACCCUUCUGAUUGGGGAUACACGAAUCGUGACUUCAAAUCACUUUCCAUGGCCCUCUUGAGUUUAGCAGCUUGGGACUUUGAGGUCACGUCAGGAAGUAGAACUGACAUGGGUAAAGCAGUACUUGAACAAUGGCAGUAUCCCAAGACGGAGGUUUUCUGGUUCCACAGGUUCCUUGUUGUGAUUCAGGAGGACAUCCUUCCUGUAUCAAUGAAAAGCAUAGCUAUACUGAAGGCCAGAAUAUAUCUGGAUCACAAUGGAGCAAACGGCCAUGUGCCUCGCUUGAUCCUUCUUUCUCCUAUCCAUGUCGCCUUUGUGGAGCUUCGCAAAGAUGGCGAUUGGUGUAGCAAAAGUCUGUUAUUAGUCACUAGCUCCUCAGCAGCUUGGUGCUCACCUGGUUUCCGAGCCCUGUCAAGGGCUUUAUCGUCGAACUACCAGACUCCCAUUGGGGAUACCGCGGCCCAAUUCGAGAAAUGGAGGGUUGCUCUCCCGUUUGAAAUACUGCAUAUGAUACUGAAGCUGUGCGAACCCCGGGAUGCUGUUUCUUUUGCCCAAGCUUCAGUCGCUGUCGAGAAAUGCUCCUAUACUUCUAUUCCCCAAUUCAAGGGCCUAGCUGUGCGAGAAUUUGUCUUGUCUAUUCCAUGCUGCGGUGAACCUGCUGGAUUAGACGUCCGAGGACUUUGCUGCGCUGAAUGUUAUGCUUGGCAGCAUCUCGCAUGCGUCGGUCUGCUACAUUGGCCGCCUGAUGUGCAAUACAUCUGUUCCAAGUGCCAAAAGGAAGAACCGAACUAUCGUCUGGUUCUUCUAAACAGCCGGCAAUAUAGAUGGAGAGACCGGCCAGUGCAUAUCGGGAAGUCUGCGAUGUCACUACGAUAUGAAGGGUAUGCGAGUGCCAAACCAGCAAGCUAUUGCAUUUCUUUCAAGGGCAUGUUCUCUGGUAUUUCUUAUGUGCUUGAGACUAUACCUGAGAUGAAGUCGGACGGGAGGCGUUUUGGUCGAUUUCAAGACGAAGAUAAGGGUUCGUCUGAGAAUGACUAG